ACCAGAGUUAUCCAGCAUCCCUCAGCAAGUGAGACCAUUAACUACGAUGUUAAGGCUUUUGGAUCCUCUCUACCUGUUAAGGUUAUGGAAGCCCUGAAGAAGGCUGAUGCUAAUGACCAGCUGAGCGUUCAAGUGGAUGAAAGUGGAUGGGCCUGGCUAGUUCACAAGGAGCAACUAAUUAUUUGGAAGAUUGGUCAGUCUCCAGUAGCUAAGUUAUCUCUGUGCAAGGAACUGCAGCUGCCACCCAGUGACUUCCAGUGGAGUUCCAGUUUAGCAGCUAUAUCUUGUCUCAGUUCUUCAGGUGAAGCACCUUCUCUGCAGUCUCUGGCCAUAAUGGUUGCUACCAGUGAAGGUUCCGUGCGCUACUGGCCCAACCUUGCACAUGAAGGUUCCUACAUAGAGACUUUCACAGACUUCGGAGGCUCUCUGUGCAGUUUUUUAACAGCAGUAAAGGGAGGAAGUUUUAUCUUAUCAUCUUCCAGAGGCCAGCUCGUUCGAUUGAUACCAGAUAAUUCUGGCAAGAUCCAUCAGCAUGCCCUGCCACAGGGUCAGGGCAUGUUUUCUGGAAUUGGUAGAAAGGUUUCUUCUCUUCUGGGUAUAUUGUCUCCUGGAAAUGGCGCUGUGAUUUCUAGUGUUCUUUGGGAUAAGGAGAGGUCAAGUUUUUAUAUGCUAACGAGUUCGAGUCUUAACAAAUGGGAGAUUGAUGAUUCAUCAGAACGUUACAUUCUCAGCUGGGAUAUAAACAGGAUCCUGAAAGAACAUAUUACAGAUGCAAUUUGGGGUUCUGAAAGUAACUAUGAAGAUAUUAAAGGAGGAGUAAAUAUACAAUACAUGGAUUUGCAACAGAAUCGACAUGGGCUGGUGAUACUUGCUGCAGCAUGGCAUCCUGGAGAUCGUCCAUGUCUUGUCUACUACACUCUGAUAACAGUAGAAGAUAGAGGCUACCAGAUGUCUGAUGAUGUUGUUGUGGAGGUCACACAGUAUAAUCCAUCUUUUCAGUCAGAAGAGGAGGUGUUGUGCUGUCUGCUCGUCCCAGACUACUUCAGCCAUGCUGCUUACCUCUAUAAGGAAGAUGAAGUGUUUGCUUGUUCCACUGGAACUGGAAGAAUUUCAUUACCACAGGAGAAAAUCAUAUUUGGCAUACAAGGAGAUAGCAUCUUAGGAGCAGGGUCCUGUACUAGCCUCCCCAUCUUCUUUGCCAAAAAAAGUGGACUUGUCACCAUCUUGUCCAGGGAAAGCGUCUCUGUGCUUCCUGAAGACCUUGAAGAUUCUCUGUCCUCUUCUAUUGCUGGACCAAGAAGUGAGAGUCCUGCAUUUGACACAACCAGUAGGCUAGAAGUUACAGGUCAAGAUAAGUCCAAAUCACUGAAGAACGCUUUUCUACACUACUGCAGGAAAGAUAUAAUUAAUGCACAAAGCAUGGUAGUUCAGCUGUUUGCAAGUAAUGCAGACCUGGAUUCUGAUGCUGAACUGGACAGGGCAGUGACUCAGAUCAGUGUGGAGUUGAUUGACGAUUACCCUGCCUCUGAUCCAAGAUGGGCUGAAUCAGUACCUGAAGAAGCAGCUGGUUUCAGCAACACAUCUCUCAUUCUUCUUCAUCAGCUAGAGGAUAAGACAAAAGCACAUAAAUUCUUUAUGGAGUUUCUUCAUCAGGUGGGUGUGUUUGAACGGCUGGGCAGCUUCCCAGCACGCGGGCUGCCGAUGGCAACUCGGCUGCUGCUCUGCGAGCACGCAGAGAAGCUCGAAGCGGCCAUUGUUCUCAAGAACCACCACUCCAGGCUGCCUGAUCUAGUGAACGCUGCUAUACUGAUGGCAUUAAACAAAAGGGAGUGUGACAUUCCACCAAGUCUUACCCCUGCAGAUGUCUUCUUUCGAGAGGUGUCGCAGAUAGAUUCCAUCUUUGAAUGCUUACUAGAAGAAGAGGAACAAAUCUUGAAAGAUAUGCCUAUUGAAUCAACCGAGUGGGCCCAGAUAGUUGUCAAUGUGAACAACAUCAUUAAGGACAUGCUGCAAGCUGCCAUUCGGUAUCGUCAGUCUAAUGCCUCUUUAUAUAAAACAGGAGAGCUUCCAGAAAGAGAACCUGAAUAUAUCCCAUGGACAGCGUGUAGUGGCCUUCGUACAGCAAUAACACGCCAGCAUGGAAUCAUCCUGAAGAUGGUGUAUCCCCAGGCAGACAGUCGCCUCCGCAGCAUUGUGGCUGAUCAGCUGGUGGCACUGCUGGAUUGUUUUCUAGAUGGGUACGUUUCUCAGCUGAAAUCUGUGGACCGCCCUGCCGACCAAGAGCGGUACAGCAGCCUGGAAAUGGAGUAUGUGCAGAGAAGAUCAGAGCUCCUCUCUCCUCUCCUUUCCCUGGGGCAGUAUCAGAUGGCGGCUACUUUAGCAGAGAGGUACUGUGACUUUGAUAUCCUCGUGCAAAUGUGUGAGCAGACAGACAACCAGGCCAGAUUGCAGCGUUACAUGAGUCAGUUUGCAGAUCAGAAUUUUUCAGAUUUCCUGUUUCGCUGGUAUCUGGAGAAAGGAAAGCGAGGGAAGCUGUUCUCUCUGCCUGCUGCUCAGCAUGGACAGCUGGCCAGUUUCUUGCAAGCUCAUGAGCAUCUGAGCUGGUUACAUGACAUCAACAGUCAGGAUUUGCAAAAGGCUCACAGAACAUUGCAGACUUUAGCAAACAUGGAGACCCGAUAUUUUGCAAAGAAGAAAACCCUUCUUGGCUUGAGCAAAUUAGCUGCACUGGCAUCUGACUUCUCAGAAGACAUACUACAAGAGAAAAUAGAAGAAAUAUCAGAACAGGAACGCUUUCUGUUACAUCAGGAGACGCUUCCUGAACAACUGCUGGCAGAGAAACAGUUGAACCUCAACGAUAUGCCAGUGUUGUCUGUAUCUCAGCUCAUUGAGAUGUACAUAUGUGAUGAGAACAGAAGGGCCAAUGAGUAUGACUUCAAGAAAGCACUUGACCUGCUGGAAUAUAUUGACGAGGAAGAGGAAGUGGAUGUAAACAAUCUUAAACUUAAAAUUCUUUGCAAGGCUCUCCAAAGAGAUGGGUGGUUCAGUUUGGAUGGUAAAGAUGAUCCAAUUGAAGCAUCUAAAGAUAGUAUAUUUGUGAAAAUACUACAAAAACUAUUGAAAGAAGGAGUUCAGUUAAGUGAAUAUUUGCCAGAGGUGAAGGACUUGCUACAAGCAAAUGAACUCGGCAACUUGAAACACAACGCUUGCUUCGCAUUUGUGUUAAAGGCAAACUAUGAGCUCUACGUUCAGGGACAAGCGUGAUUCUCACUGUUUUUUAAAGUAUUUUUUUCUAAAGAACUGUUAAAUUCAUGUAUACUUUUUUUACCUUCUGUUCAGGUUUUUGCUAAAACUUUGUAAUAAAA